AUGUAUUGUUUAAAUUUCUAUAAUGUUCACAUUUUCAAGAAUUUGAAAAGAAAACUUUUUAACUAUCAAAUAUUGAAAAGAGAAAUUAGUGAUGUAUGUGAAAGUAAAAUAAUAACACUUACAAAAAGUAAGGAAUAUGAUAAAUUCAAAAUUUAUAGAAAUAAUGUAUUUAAUAGUAUAUAUGAGAAUCAAAUCCUUCAUGGAGUAAAAGUACAUAAUGUUGAUUCAAAAGGAUAUGGAGAAAUCGCACUGUAUGUUACAAGAAAACAUUCCUUAUUUUUUUUGAAAUAUUUUUUAUUAAUUCCGGAAGAACAGGUGAAUCUAAAAGUCCUACAAAUUAAUAAGAAAAAAGAAAAGAUAAGCUUUCAAGUAUUAUGCAAAACGAAAAAAAGUAAAUAUGAAAUAACACCACAAUGUGAACAUUUUUCUAAAUGUGGAGGAUGUAUGUUUCAACACAUUGAUUAUAAUUUUGAAAAACAAUUAAAGAGGAAUUUAUUGAUUUCUUUAUGUGAAAAAUAUAAUAUAAAUAUUUUAUAUAGCAGUCAAAAUUAUUUACAAGAUUAUCAUAAUUUUGUUACACUGAAUGAAAAAAACGAACAAGAUUUAAUAGAAAUAUCACAAAUUAAAUCUGAAUAUAUAAAUGAUAAUAUGGAUAAUCAGGAUCAAGACGUUCCAGAAAAUACAAAUAUUUUGGAAGAAAGAGAUAUAAAUAAGAAUAUUAUAUAUGACGAAGAAAAUGAAAAAUAUGAAUACAAAAAUAAUGAUGAUAAUAUUGUAGAUAAUGAAUACAAUAAUAUAACAAUACAAAAAGAAAAUAAAAAUAAAAAUAUAAAUGAAGACCAAAUAUAUAAGAUCUAUCAAAAAGAAAAAAAUAAUGAAGAAAAGAGAAAUAUAUAUUAUGCGAAAUUAUAUAACUUUAUAUAUUCAAAUGACUAUAAUUACCGAAAUAAAUCAUCUAUUAAUUUUUGUGUAACUGAUCAUUUAUCCAUCGGGUUUUAUAAAAAAAAUAGUUAUGAAAUUUGUGAUAUAAAUAAUUGUUAUAUUCAUGAUAAAUAUAUACAAGAUAUUUAUACACAGAUUAAAAAUGAAGUAAAAGAACAUUUUAUAAAAAAUAAUAUUUAUAUAUUUAAUAAAAUAAAUAAUAAUGGAUAUCUUAAAAGUGUAGAUAUAAAAAUUAGUGAUUAUAAUAAAGAAAAACAAAUAUUGAUAAAUUUUAUAGGAUAUACAUUAACAAAUUCUCAAACUAAAAAAAAUUUAAUAGCCAUAGCAAAUAAUUUAGCAUUAAAAAAUCCGUCUAUCAAAAGUGUCUUAUAUAAUGAACAGAAAAAUAAAUUAAAACAAAACAAAAAAGAAAUAUUAUUAUAUGGAGAAAAUCAUAUAUAUCAUUCAUAUAAUAAUUAUAUAUAUAAAUUAGGAGCAAAUACUUUUUUCCAACCAAAUCAAUAUUUAAAUCAAUAUAUUAUUAUGAUAAUUUCUAAAAUAAUUGAAAAAUAUAAAAUCAAUUCUUCAAAUACAUGUUUAUAUGAUUUAUUCUGUGGUAUUGGUUUUUAUUCUAUACCUCUUGCAAAUUUGUUUGAUCGUGUUAUUAGUAUUGAUUAUUCUAUUGAUAAUAUAAAAUCAUUAGAAGAAAAUAUGAAUCUAAAUAAAAUUAAAAAUAUUAGAUGUAUACAAAUAGAUCUAUUUAAUCAACAUAAUUUAAAACAAAUAAACUUACAUAUAAGAAGAUAUAUUGUUAACACUGUUAAAGAAAAAAAAAUUGAUUUAUAUGAUAAAAUAAAACAAAAUAUUACAUUAACAUUUAUACAGACAAAUAAUGAAAAUAUUCUUGUGGAAAACAUACAGAAAAUUCAGUCGCCAUAUAGUACUUUACCAGGUUUUAUUUAUGAACAGUUAAAAAAUUUCAAUACGAACACAUUAAAAGAAAAUAAUGAUAAUAUUAUAACAGAAGAUAUUUUUAAAAAACUUAAUGUUAAUAAUGACGAAUAUAUAAAUAAUAAUAAUAAUAAUAAUAAUACUGAUAUGGAAUAUUCGAAUGAAAAUGAUUUCAUCAAAUUUAAACAAAAUGAAUUUGUGAUGCCAAUCCCAGACUUGAUAAUUGUUAACCCCCCCAGAAAAGGAUGUGGAAAGGUAUUUAGAAGAUGGAUAAGAGGACUAUGUUGCAAGCAUAUAAUUUAUGUAUCAUGCAAUGUGCACACUCAAUUUAAGGAUAUUAGCCAUUUGAUUAAUUUAGGUUAUAUUAUAAAAGAUAUUAUUCCAUUGGAUACAUUCCCAAGAACUCCUCAUUUUGAAACAAUAGUUUAUUUAAAAUUGGACUCUAAAAAGGUUCAUCAAAGUAAGGAAGAAAUACUACAAUUCGAGAUGAAUGAAAUUAAAAAUAAGAAAAAAUUUAAACAAGAAUAA